GCUCCGAUCGCGACCACAUGCUACGCAGGCUGGAAAUGCUCCCAGUGAUAUGCACGGCCUUCGACCUCCUCGUCCAAUGACCAGGAUGCUCCUGAACGCAUUCCAUCCUAUGCUCGGCCUCAAGUUGGCCCUGUGUUCGCUCGUGGCGACGGCCGCCGCCGGCGGACUUCGCCCGGUAGACACGCAGUCGAUCAACCUCCAGAGGCUGCAGGCGCUUUCUCAGCAAGGAGCGACCCAGUUUGGUGUUCCUGCGCAUGCUCAAACGCCUUUCGACGCUUCAGGGGAUACCGUUGUUCCCGAUUAUGACUUGGAUCCAAGUUCCGCGCUGCCUUCGUUCGAGGCCUACUGGUUCGAGCAACCUCUGGAUCACUUCGCGAGGGAGGACACGCAGACCUGGCGCCAACGCUAUUGGAUCAACACGCGCCACUACAAGCCCAACAGCAGUGCUCCAGUGAUAGUCCUCGACGGAGGCGAGACGAGUGGGGCAAACCGUUUGCCAUUCCUCGAUACAGGUAUCGUCGAGAUUCUUGCGAAGGCGACCGGCGGAGUGGGAGUGGUACUCGAACACCGUUACUAUGGCCGUUCCAUUCCCGUAGAUAACCUAUCCACGGAUGCUCUACGCUUCCUGGACAACGCUCAGAGUGCUGCUGACUCUGCCCGUUUCAUGUCACAUGUCAAGUUUGAAGGCAUCGAGGAAGACUUGACCGCUCCACAUGCCCCGUGGAUCUAUUACGGGGGAUCAUAUGCCGGUGCUCGUGCUGCCCACAUGAAGGUUCUAUACCCAGAGCUUGUCUUUGGUGCCAUCGCAUCCAGUGGCGUUACCCAUGCUGCACUCACCAUCUGGGAAUACAUGGACAUCAUUCGGGUUGCGAUGGACCCGACUUGCUCAAGCAACCUGCAAUCCGCGAUUGCUUCCAUUGAUAACAUACUCACACACCCAGGCCCUACCGGGCGCAUACUACGCCGAGCCCUGAAAUCGCUUUUUGGCUUAGGAGAGUUGGAACACGACGAAGACUUUGCUAGUAUCCUUUCGCAACCACUGGGUUCGUGGCAAGCAAAGAACUGGGAUCCGGAAGUCGGGAGCACUGUCUUUGACGAGUUCUGCGCGGCUCUCAACAAGCCAUUCUGGCCGCUGCCUUCAGAGCAUGAAAUGCUGCCGUACGAUGACAACAAGAGGUCCAUCGAGGUCACUGGAGCGUUGACCGUCGAUUAUACUAUCGUCAACUACGCUAAUUAUAUUAAAAAGCAUGUUGUGAGUCGUUGCCCCAAGGACAUGACGGUAGAGGAGUGCUUCGGCACUUCCGACGAUACAAAGUAUCAAGAUACGUCCCUGGAUCAGAACUGGCGCAAAUGGCUCUUCCAGGUGUGCACCGAAUGGGGUUAUUUCUUCACUGCGCCGCCGGAUCCUGACUACCCGAGGAUCGUAUCAAAACUCCAUACUUUGGAGUACCAGUCCAAGAUCUGUCGUCAGGCGUUCCCUCCCGGAAAACACUUCAUCGUGCCGCCGUUGCCUAACAUAACGGCUGUCAACGAUCUUGGUUCAUUCGAUAUCGCGGCUGAUAAGCUGGCUAUCAUUGAUGGCGAGGUUGACCCGUGGAGACCUGCCACCCCACAUAGCCGCUACGCCGCCGAGAGGGAAGACACAAUUGAGCGCCCUUUCAAGCUGAUACCUGGCGGCGUCCAUCAUUACGAUGAAUUCGGCCUUCGCAACAUUGAAGAAGAACCGGCUGAAAUCCUCAAGAUACAUCGCGAGAUGAUUCGGUUCGUGACUGCAUGGCUUAAUGACUGGGAGCCGCAGAGAACGACAGCAUAACAUAGCAUGGCCGAUGUGGGGAGGGGGUCUAAAAAGCAAGCCCGUGCGGGUUGCACCAAAGCAGUAACGAGGAACCGAGAAAUCUGGAAACAUUAUUACUGUGUCGAUUGAAGAUGAAGGUUUUGUAAGGUAGCUGCCAUGCAAAUCCUGACCGAUAUCACGUGGCUGCCAAAAUGGCUUCAAAUUUCAUCUGCUCUUGCAGUUUUACUCUUUCGUCGGAGUCGUAACCUAUGAUAAUAUACCUACC